AUGGAAUCCGAAUUACUUUCAUCAAAAUGCAACCUUGAACCCGUCGAUCUACAUGACGAGGCCCAAUUCCGCGAGCUCCGACGACAACGUACCAUAUGUGGCUGGGAUUUCGAUCCACACACCUUGCAAAAAUGGAGAGACAACAAUCAUCUCAAAAAGCUAUUCUGGAUUACCGUCCCUAACACAAACACCAACGAAGCAAGUAUCCGCACUGGUCACAUCUCGCUGAACAAACUCCCUGGUCUACUCGAACCGGAUAUGGCGAAAGAGAACGAGGUUGAAAUCUCCAUAAGUUCUUUCUUCAUUCUACCAGAGUAUCGCCGGUUACGACUCGGGAAGCGUGCUGUGAAAAUGUUGGAGCAGCUGGCAGUAACUGAGCCAUUUGGUGAUUCCUGCUGCCGGUACAUCACAUUAACAGCGCUGAGCAAAAGAUAUAUCUACGAUGAGGCGCCGGAAUGGAGAGGAAUCUGGCAGCGACUGGGGGAGCCGCUGCCGUCAUUCAGUAUCCAGGAGUGGUACGAGAGUCUUGGGUAUGUUAGUUGGAAGGUCGAGCCACUCUACGCAGAAACAGCGAUGGAUGGAGAGCCUAUCACACUAUGGGAGGCAUUUAUGAAAAAGGAUCUCCGUGAGAAAAAUCGGCGGCCAGGGUGA